AUGCAUAUCUCCACAGUCCUGACCUCCGCGUUCGCCGUGCUGGCCGCGGCUACCCCGGUACCAAGCCCGCUCGAGGCCUUCAAACGCGCUGGCCCAGCAGCCGGGCAAGUCAUCACGAAGUGCUCUUCUCCAGGCAUGUUGGCGUUGGCAUUCGACGACGGGCCAUACCAGUACACGCAGACUUUGGUUGAUACGCUCAACGCAGCCGGGGCCAAGGGGACCUUCUUUGUGACCGGCACGCUUUACGGCUGCAUUUACAACCAAAAGACGGCGCUGCAGAACGCGUACAGCGCCGGCCACCAGAUCGCCUCGCACAGCUGGAGCCACCCGUCGAACUUCGGCUCGCUCAGCGCCGCCGACCUGACGACGCAGAUGCAGAAGCUCGAGGGCGCGCUCGUCAGCAUCAUCGGAAAGAAACCGACGUACAUGCGUCCGCCGUACCUCGCCACGGGCGGCAGCGUGCAGUCGACCAUGGCGACGCUCGGCUACCGCAUCAUCACCGACGACGUCGAUAGCGGCGACUGGAACGGCUACAGCGUCGCUCAGAGCGAGCAGCAGUUCACCAACGCCGGUGCUUCUGGCAACGGCCAUAUCCCCCUCAUGCACGAGACCUACCAGUCCACCGUGACCCAGCUCGUUCCGUGGCUGAUCAGCUGGGCUAGCCAAAACAACUUGAAACUCGUGACUGUUGCCGAAUGCCUUGGCGAUGCUGACGGAGCCUAUACGAGUGGCACUCCGGCUUCUUCACAGACUUGUUAA